AUGAAGAGAAAAGAAAAUUUUUUGACAUCAGAUGAUGAACGCAUUAAUGCUUGUGCACCUUUCAUGGAUGAUCAAGGACUUAUCAGAACAAAAUCCAAGCUUUUGUAUAGAGAAGACAAUUUCAAUUUUAGGUGUCCUAUUAUUUUGCCAAACAAUGACUAUUUGGUGCAUUUAUUAAUUAGAGAAAAACAUAUAGAGCUUAAUCAUGCCGGAGAAGUAAUAACGAUGAACGCACUAAGAGAAAAACAUCAAGCUAAACAAGUUAGUGCACAUACCGCGCCGUUACCGCUCGAUAGAGUAAGGGAUGCGUUGAUAUUUGAGGUAAUAGGAGUAGAUUUUGCGGGGCCGAUUUAUUUGAAGGGCGGACAAAAGGCGUGGAUAUGUCUUUUUACUUGCGCUGUUUAUACGGCAGUUCAUUUAGAAUUGGUUAGUUCUUUGAAUGUCGCCACAUUUUUAAUGGCUUUGCAAAGGCAUAUAUCUAGACGAGGUAGACCGAGCGUCAUUUACAGCGAUAAUGGUACCAAUUUUGUUGGUUUAAAUAAUCAAUUAAGAGCAUUAGAUUAUGAGAAGAUCGCAAAGACAGUCGCAAUACAACAGAUAGAGUGGAAAUUUAAUCCACCAUCAGCUCCUUGGUGGGGAGGAUUUUGGGAACGUCUCAUUAGUGUGCUUAAAAGAUUGUUGAGGCGCACACUUAAGAAAACGUACCUUCGUUUCGAGGAAAUGAUGACGACGUUAACAGAUUGCGAGGCUGUCAUAAACUCGCGACCGAUAACUUUCCUGUCAGAUAGUCAGGAAGAUAUAAUGCCUUUGACUCCGUCAAUGUUUUUACAUGAA